CUACAGCUAUACCCGACAGUUGUGACCCACACCUCGCGGCGGGAGCUCGCGUCGCGUUCAGUGCUCGAACAAUGUCAGGCCAGGAGGCCAGUGCAGUGAUUUAGUGUGAAAAUGCCCGAGUGCACAGACCAAUUCACCUUCACCAUACCCAUCAUACGUUACACCAUGGACCCAGAGGACAGAACAGAGGAACGACAGCAACCGUUAGCAAAAAAGAUGUCUCUACUCACCCCGGUCAAGAUCGAAACACCGGACGGUGGUAGGAGAAUGUCUGAACCGACCAGAUACUACAUCCCGCCGCAAUGCAGCAAUAGGUUAUCACCGAGGAGUGCGCGUAAACGGGAUUCUAGGAGAAAUUCCAAAUCGGACAUCAAAGAUGAUUCUCCUACUAAAGAAUUUGGUCCUAAACCUUGCAAUUGUGAAGACUGUCGUGCUUCCAGUCCGCUGCCCCCUGGGUAUGGACCUCAGACUUUAUCCCCGGGGUAUGAUCAAAUGAAACGUUCGUUACUCGAAGUGCCGUGGACUGAAGACUAUACAGAAGCAUCUAGUGACGAUUUGAGUUCUGAAUGGGAUUCGGACGUGCCUGAGCCGCCGCCGCCGACGCAUAAGCAAUCCGAAAGAUGGCGUAAGCUACGCAACAUAGUGCAGUGGACGCCGUUCUUCCAGACUUACAAGAAGCAGAGGUACCCCUGGAUUCAGCUAGCUGGCCACCAGGGGAACUUCAAGGCUGGACCGGACCAGGGAACCAUUCUGAAGAAGCUUUGUCAGCAAGAGGAGAAGUGUUUCAAGUUGCUGAUGAAAGACAUCCUCCGGCCUUUCGUUCCGGAGUACAAGGGUCAAGUCACGUGCGAAGAUGGAGAAAUGUAUCUUCAACUCCAAGACUUGCUGAGUGACUUCGACUGCCCCUGCGUUAUGGACUGCAAGAUAGGAGUCAGGACUUAUCUGGAGGAGGAACUGGCCAAAGCCAAGGAGAAGACUAAAUUGAGAAAGGAUAUGUACGAGAAAAUGAUCCAAAUAGACCCUAUGGCCCCGUCAGACGAAGAACACAGGAGUAAGGGGGUAACAAAACCACGGUACAUGAUCUGGAGGGAGACCAUAAGCUCAACAGCAACCCUCGGCUUCAGAAUUGACGGCGUGAAGAAAGCUGAUGGAACCAGCUCUAAAGAUUUCAAAACAACAAAAACUAGAGAUCAGAUAGUUGAAGCAUUCAAAGAGUUCACCACCAAUUUUUCUAAUGCAGUGCCGAGGUACCUGGAGAGGUUGAAGAGUAUACGAGCCACUCUACAAGGGUCACACUUCUUCAAGACUCACGAACUCAUCGGCAGCUCUCUACUCUUCGUCCACGAUAAACGAAAAGCAUCUAUAUGGAUGAUCGACUUCGCCAAGACUGUUUCUGUACCAGAUAACGUCAAUAUUGACCACAGUACCGCCUGGAAAGUCGGCAACCAUGAAGACGGUUAUCUCAUCGGCUUAGAUAAUUUAAUCUCCAUUUUCGAAUCCCUCAUCAAGGACGGCAAUGGAAAUAUAGACCAAUGUUAUGCAAACCUCAGUUUAGAUAAAGAUGUAAGACAGGAUGAUUUAGCUACUUGAUCUUUGGUUACUCGAAGUCUCAUUAGAGAUCUGACUAAGUAUCAGAACACAGUAUUGUGUUCCUCGGCAGUGCCAAAAUCUGCUUUGUAUAUGACGCGAUGUAGAAUUAUGUCUACUUUAGAAGUGAUUUAAAAAUGUAAAUAAUGUUUACUUUUAUUGAAAUUGACGACUGUCAAUAAUCAAAUUGAUAACAUAAUUAUAUGAACAGAAAAUGUUGAUGAACAGAGAAGUGAAAGAAAAAUAAUACCCUUUGAAAAAUUCAUAUGAGACAUUCGUUCUGCUUAAUGCAAAAUCGUCAAAAGUUAUAUAAAUAAAUUGUUGUUAUUUUGUAAAUAAGUUUUAAGCAUUCAUUUUAAGUUGAUUAAAAUACUCAUUUUAUUUUAUAAGUCUUGCACCACCAAGUAAUUUAAUUGUAUCUUGCAAUUUAACAUUAUUAUGUAAUUUUUAUAAUUAGAUUGAUGCAUUGAGCAAUAGCUUUUGUUAUAAAAGUUGACUGUUAAAUUUUUAAGAAUACCUUCAUGUCUGGAGACAUCAUUAUUGACGUGUUAACAAAUGAAUACGUAAUUUAUUUUGUAUGUAACGUACACUAUAUUAGUGUAACACCUACAUAAAUAGUUAUCAUUGCCAAUAAAAAUCUACAUAAUUAUACGGUGGUACUAAUUAAAAUUAUCA